AUGAAUGAAAUUCGUCAAUUGUGCACAACAUCAGCAUUGCCUAGUAAACAUCUCGAUGAAAUUCUCGCACUUUUUCAAGCAUGUCCGCCACAGUAUCGACUUCCUUCGUUGUCGUUAAUCUGUCAAUCGAUAUCAUGCAUGUCCAUCGAACAAUUGGAUGUUAGUGUUCUCAAUCAUCAGUUGUUUUUUGUUAUUCGACAAUCUUCGGAACAUUUACUACAAUCAUGGUUAACGAAUGGCUCGUUGAAUGGUCAUGAAUAUCGGGCAAUCUUUUAUAUUUAUCAGUUAUUUAAACUCGUAUCAGAAUGGUUGAUCGAACAGGAUCAUAUGAUCGUUGAUAUGAAGGCGAAAGAAUUAACUAAACGAGUUAUGAAAAGCCUCUUUCUUGACGAGAGUUUUCUGAAAACAUUAUGUCGAGUUAUUCAGCAAUUGGUUCGUUAUGAAAAUGAUGAACAACGUAGUACAGUAACAAGUCCUCUGUUUGAUGGCGAUGAUAAUCCUGUUUCACCCGAUGAUGUUCAUCUUCAAACUCAUGUAUCAGAUAUUCAAGCGGAACAAACCGACAUCAUCGAUGUUCUGUUUCGUUGUGUGAAUUCUUUAGUGAUUCUGUAUACUCACCCAAUCCUAUUGAAUAGUUCGAUUGUGGAUAAAAAUCUGACACCUUGCGUGAUCCAUUGUCUUCAUUCGUCGCUAUUUCUUCAACUUGCCACAGAUUUUCUACGUCAGAAUAUCACCAAUGAUCAAAUCAACAUUCAAUCGAUCUUUCUACUAUUUACUUGCUUAGAUUAUUGCAUUCUCUCAGCAAUAACCAUUUCCACAUUACGAUUAAUUCCGUCAAUCCGGGAAAUCUUUCAAACCUGGUCGACAAUACCUCGAAUGGACAUUUCACCUUUAAUUAUUCGUCUUAUUCGUUUUAUCAAUCAGUUAACCAUAGCAGAUAAAGAAGCAAUUAUUCGAGAAAAUCUCUGUUCGUUCUUUCUUCCAUCAUUUGAACUUCUCUGUCAAACAUCGAAUUUAACUGAUGAGAUUGCGUCUAUACUCAUAACACUCUGCUCGAUCAAUCUCGGAAGAAAACAUUUACGUCAAUUAGGCUUCAUUCGUCACAUUCUACACGGAACAAAACGUUAUGUUCAAUUAUGGCGCCCAUUGGCGUUAUUACUCAUUCAGCAAGAUCUACAAGAAACGUCGUUUCUAAAUCGAUUGAUUCAUUUGUUAACACAACGAACUAUAACUCUUUUUCAAUCAUUAACAGCCACAUCAAACGAUACAUCGUUUGAUUCGACUUCACCUUCAUCCAAAGUUCAACUUACAGAAGUCACGAUUGAAUGGUUGCUCUUAUUACGAACGAGUUUCUUAACAUUUUCAUCGAUCGUCGAUGGAUUGAUCAGUACCAAGCGAAAAGUGAACUUUAUCAAUGUUUUAAUCGAUACGAUUUUAUCGGUUCAGCAAGAUGAAGAUACCCUGCCGAAAUUGAUCGAUGUUAUGAUCGAAUUUCUGUGGACAUUUGUUUUCAGUACAACAACAACUAUUUCUGAAACUUUACCGAAACAUCUCGAUUUAUGUCAAUGGUUGAAAAGCAACAAUGCUGAAUCAUUGCCGAGCAUACGCUUAACAUCGCAAGGUAUCCUUUCGACUCUAGAAUUCAAUUCGAAGACGCUAAAUCGGUCGUCAAUUUCAACAAAUAUUCUCAUCUGUAUGAUUUAUGCUGAUGAAGCACACCGAGAUUUAUGUGUGAUUCUUCGAGAUCGAUUGCAAAUGGAACAACAGUAUUCUGUUGAACUUCUCUUGACUUCAACAUGUCAAUCAAUUGAAUCGUUAAUUCAACUUCUCAAUCGUUCAUCGCUCGCUCUCUUCUGUGCUAGUACACAGAUGAAAAGUGAUAAUCUCUCGCAUUUCAUCCAUCACUAUCUCUCCCAUCAAUCAUAUAAGACACCUCUGUUGGCUAUUCUGACAGAACAAGAUUGCGAACUCGAUGGAAAUUGGUUAGAGAAUAUUUCCAUCGUUGAUAAACAAUCAAUGCUCAAACAAAUUCGACGAUAUCUAAACCAAAAUGAUGAGAGUCAUCUGCCGUUGACUGACAUUCCAAAUGAAAGUUAUCGCCGUGUUAGCAAUUUUCAUGAUAUACAUAACCAAUCAGGAAAUUAUACUCAACGGCCUGUUACAUAUUGGACAGCCGAUGAUGUGACACAAUGGUGUGAGGCAACUCCGGGCAAUUUCGAAACACUACGACCGCUUGUCAAGCGUCUCAACGGUCCUGCACUGGUUCAUCUCGCGGAAAUUCUCUCGAUCGAACCAGCAUCGAUGUAUCAUAGUCUGAAUAGCGAAUUAAUACAACGAACAGGUUCUAAUGUUCCAUUGACCGAUUAUGUGUCGUUAAGAAGUGAAUUGCAACGAUUACUAGUUGAAAAACUUCCGGAGAAUAUACCAGAUGCCGAUGUUAAAGCUAAGCCCAAGAAAAGAAGAUGGAAACAUAGUCGUUUUUGUACUAUAAUUUGA